AUGCCACGUUUCCUCCUCCAAGACGCCACCGUCUACGCCUUUAACGUCUCCGGGAAUCCACCGAACCUCCUCACGUCAAAUUUCCAAAUCACUCUCUCUUCACGUAACCCUAACGACAAGAUCGGCGUUUACUACGACCGCCUUGACGUCUACGCUACUUACCGGAACCAACAAAUCACUUUCCGAACAUCAAUCCCUCCGACGUAUCAAGGUCACAAAGAAGUCAACAUAUGGUCUCCGUUUGUCUACGGAACCUCCGUUCCGGUGGCUCCUUUUAACGCCCUUGGUCUUGACAACGAUCAAGAUAACGGUGCCGUUAAUUUGAUCAUUAAAGCUGACGGUAGAGUGAGGUGGAAAGUUGGGACUUUUAUUACCGGAAAGUAUCAUCUUUAUGUCCGAUGUCCGGCGUUUAUUAACUUCGGUAAUAAAGCUGCCGGAGUUGUCGUCGGAGAAAACGCCGUUAAGUAUACGUUCACUAGUGGCUGUCGUGUUAGUGUCUAA